AUGACUCGGACAGGGAGGACAUACGUUGGCAGCCCUAAGGUUUUCGACAUGCCAGAGAAUGUUUCGUUCUCCAGGAACCGCACGGUUCUGGACACGCGGCCGGGGACGCGUCCCGCAUGGGCUAUCACGGUACUGGCCAGCGUGCUGAUCUUCACCACGGUGGUGGAUGUCUUGGGCAAUUUGCUGGUUAUCAUUUCAGUGCUUAGGAACCGGAAACUUAGAAAUGCGGGGAACGUGUUUCUGGUGAGCCUGGCCUUUGCUGACCUGGUGGUGGCCUUCUACCCCUACCCUCUGGUGCUCUACGCCAUCUUCCAUGACGGCUGGUCGCUGGGAGAGACACAGUGCAAAGUCAGUGGAUUCCUGAUGGGCCUGAGCGUCAUCGGCUCCAUCUUCAACAUCACCGGCAUCGCCAUCAACCGCUACUGCUACAUCUGUCACAGCUUUGCUUAUGAUAAGCUCUACAGCUACCGCAACACCCUCCUACUGGUGGGGCUCAUCUGGCUCCUCACCAUCCUGGCCAUCAUACCAAACUUUUUCGUAGGCUCACUCCAGUACGACCCCAGGGUGUAUUCGUGCACCUUUGCUCAGGCCGUCAGUACAUCGUACACCAUCACUGUGGUGGUGAUUCAUUUCUUUGUGCCCAUCGCCGUGGUUACCUUCUGCUACCUGAGGAUCUGGAUCCUGGUCAUCCAGGUGAGGAGGAAGGUGAAGUCAGAGGUGAAGUCUCGACUCAAACCCAGCGACAUGCGCAACUUCAUCACCAUGUUUGUGGUGUUCGUGCUUUUCGCCAUCUGCUGGGCGCCACUCAACUUCAUUGGGCUGGCCGUGGCCAUCGACCCGGAGACGGUGGCGCCACGGAUCCCCGAGUGGCUGUUCGUGGUCAGCUACUUCAUGGCGUACUUCAACAGUUGCCUUAAUGCCAUCAUCUACGGCCUUCUCAACCAGAACUUCCGUAAGGAAUACAAACGGAUUAUCAUGGCCAUGUGGAUGCCUGGUCUGUUCUUCCAGGAGGCGUCACAGGGGGGUACAGAGGGUAUGAGGAGCAAGCACUCGCCUAGACUGGGACUCAACAACAACGAUCACGUCAAAGGAGAGGCUUUGUGACGUUGACGCCAAGGUUCUCUACUCCUUUCCCAUGUGUUUUGUUUAUUUUUUCAGUCUUGGAGUGCCAUUUAUCUAUAUAUCUCACUGACUGCACAGUUGUGCUGUUACCAAAGCCUCA